GCUUGUUUCCCGCCCUCUUCGCUGUAUCUGUUACAUUCUUUCGCAGUUUGUAUCAAAGGUACUUCCAGUUAGGCUUCAUACCAGAGAACCCUCAGCAUCUAUAUUGGGGUUAUUACGCGCUUAUUUGUCAUUAUUUUUUUUUGUGUGUAUGUUCGUCAAAAGCAUAAGGGAGGAGAGGAGUCCGUCACUUUGUUCCCGUCAUCAGUAACAUCAGUAAACAGCAGAAAUGGCAGAAGCCCAUCAGGCCGUGGCAUUUCAGUUCACUAUCACUCCAGAGGGGAUCGACCUGCAGCUGUCCCAUCAGGCCCUGAGACAGGUCUAUCUGUCAGGCCUCCGAUCCUGGAAAAAACGCGUCACACGGCUGAAGAACAACGUGAUCACUGGUGUGUAUCCUGCCAGCCCGUCCUCAUGGCUGUUUGUCGUCAUCGCAAUCUUGGCCACCAUGUACACGCGCUCAGACCCUUCCAUGGGCCUCAUCGCUAAAAUCCAAGAACAUCUGCCGGUCAGUGAUUCUCUGAGCGUUCAAUGUCGGACGGUGGUUUCUGCCGUGUUGUUCAGCACUCUGCUCUGGUUCUCCCUGAUCUUCACCAUGAGGCUUUGCCUGAAGCAGUUACUGUCGUAUCACGGCUGGAUGUUUGAACAGCAUGGGAAAGUGUCCAACACAACCAAAAUCUGGGCGGCCAUGGUCCGGAUCUUUUCAGGCAGGCAACCUCUGUUGUACAGCUACCAGGGCUCUUUGCCCAACUUGCCUGUUCCUGCAGUCAAGGACACUGUUAAGAGGUUCUUGGAAUCUGCACGUCCGUUGAUGAGCGAUUCUGAGUAUGAGAGGAUGACGACUCUGGCCCAGGAGUUUGAGAGCAGUCUGGGAAACCGCCUGCAGUGGUACCUCAAAUUGAAAGCUAUGUGGGCAUCCAACUAUGUCAGUGAUUGGUGGGAGGAGUAUGUCUACCUGAGGGGGCGUGGCCCACUCAUGGUCAAUAGCAACUACUAUGGAAUGGACUUCCUGUACGUGACUCCUACACCGAUUCAAGCUGCGAGAGCAGGAAACACGCUGCAUGCAUGUCUCUUGUACCGCAGGAAACUUAACAGAGAGGAAAUCAAACCUAGUCGUGUGCCAGUUUUAAAUGUUCCUUUGUGUGCCGCUCAGUGUGAGAGGAUUUUCAACACCACACGCAUUCCAGGAGAAGAGACAGAUUCCCUGGUCCACUGGCAGGACAGUGAGUAUGUGGCGGUGUUCCACCGAGGCCGUUAUUUCCGUCUGUGGCUGUACCAUGCCGCCCGCAUGCUGUCUCCCAGAGAGAUCGAGCAACAGAUUCAGCGUAUCCUGGAUGACCCGUCACCUCCGGCACCCGGAGAGGCCAAACUCGCAGCCAUGACGGCAGGAGACAGAAUCCCUUGGGCUCAGGCCAGGAAGGAGUUCUUUAGCUCAGGAGUGAAUAAGAGAUCUCUGGACUGUAUUGAGAAAGCGGCGUUCUUCGUUGCCCUGGAUGAUGAUGAGCAAGGCAUGAGGGGAGAUGAUCCUGCUGGCAAUUUGGAUCGCUAUGCCAAGUCCCUUCUGCACGGCAAAUGCUACGACAGAUGGUUUGAUAAGUCAUUUACCGUGGUGGUGUAUAAGAACGGAAAGAACGGUCUCAAUGCUGAACACUCCUGGGCGGACGCACCUAUAAUGGCUCACGUGUGGGAGUAUGUGAUGACUACCGAUAGUUUCCAGCUGGGUUAUACUGAAGAGGGUCACUGUAAAGGAGACGUGGCCUCCUCCCUGCCUCCACCUACUAGACUAACCUGGGACAUCCCUGCAGAGUGUCAGGAGCGUAUCGAACGAUCUCUCGCUGUGGCUCAGGCAAUAGCCGAUGACGUCGAUUUUCAUGUGUUGCCAAUACAAGAGUUCGGCAAGGGCGCAAUCAAAAAGUGUAAAAUCAGCCCGGAUGCCUUCAUUCAGAUUGCACUACAGUUGGCCUAUUAUAGGAAUCGAGGCUCCUUCACUCUGACCUACGAAGCGUCUAUGACCCGUUUGUUCCGUGAGGGCCGGACUGAGACGGUGCGUUCCUGUACCAGCGAGAGCUGUGCCUUCGUCAGAGCUCUUGAGGAUGGAGAGAGUAAGGAAGUGUGUCAGCGUCUCUUCCGUACGGCAGCUGAGAAACACCAGCAUCUGUACAGGAUGGCAAUGACGGGAGGAGGAAUAGACAGACACCUGUUCUGCCUCUACAUUGUGUCCAAAUACCUGGGAGAGGAGUCGCCCUUCCUCAAAGAGGUGCUUUCAGAAACAUGGCGUCUGUCCACCAGUCAGACUCCUCUUCAGCAGGUGGAACUGUUUGAUUUCGUUAACCACCCCGAGUACACCACCUGCGGUGGAGGAUUUGGCCCGGUUGCAGAUGAUGGUUACGGCGUGUCUUACAUUAUCAUCGGAGAAAACAUGAUCAACUUGCACAUUUCCUGCAAACACUCUUGUCCUCAGACCGUUAGUACACUAACAUGUGCCUUUUUCAUGACAAACUACAGAAAAGGGAAAAAAAAAUAGAGACUAGCAAACUAAUUAACAAAAUAUCUUUUUUUUUUUGAAAAACAAAACUAAAACCAUUAAGAGCAUUUUUGGUAAUUGAAAUAAAUCCAAAAUAAAAUAAAAAUAUUAUAUGAUAAACUUAAAAAAAAGCUUAUUGCAUUGGCCAAAACUGAUUUAGAAUAAAGUUGAUAUACAAAAAUGUUGUUACAUAUAACAGAAUUACUAAAUCCUAAUAUGAAAAUUAGUGCUGGGCAACAAUUAAUCGCAUCCAAAAUAAGUUUUUGUUUAUUAAAUGUAUGAGUGUGUACUGUGUAUAUUUAUUUUGUAUGUAUAAAGACACACACAUACAGAAUAUAUUUUGAAAAUAUUUACAUGUAAAUAUUUAUGUUCAUAGAAUUAAUUUUAGAUAUAUAAAUAUUUAAUGUAUAAACAUUUGUAUUAAAUGUAUACAUGCAUGUGUGUGUAUUUUUAUAUACAUAAUAAAUAUACACAGUACACCCAUAUAUUGUGUACACAAUUUUUAUUUUGGAUGCGAUUAAUCGUUGCCCAUCACUACUGAAAAUAUAAAAAUAUAAGCUCAAAUUAAAUGUUUAAAUACUGUAAUAGUAUAUAAAUAUCAUAAACACACAGAUAAAGGCAAAGAAAAAGAAAAAUUGCAAAUUUUAUUUUAUUUUUUAAAAUUUUAUAUU